UGCGCAGUACGGUACACGACGUAUUGACGUUUGCAUCGCACACACCUAACAAGUUAUCACGCGUCAACCAAAAAUACGACCACUCAGAUUAUCAAAAUUGGUCUUAUCAAUUGGGAUUUCGUUGUUUUGUAGGUGUUCCUGUAUAUAUAUAUAAAAGAGCUGUCGUCGCAGCAAAACUGGGCCGGGUGCUGGAUGCCCGCCGACCUGCGCAUUGUCGACCAUUUCACUUGUGAGAGCAGCCAUAGCUGCGAUUUCACCAGACCGUCCGGGGCUGUCGAUACUCGUCGGACUGAUCGUUAUAUAUUUUAUAUUACCUAUUGCGAUUGAUCACGAUUGCGGGACAACCGUGUUCGUCGUUAUUGCGACAUUACAACAAAAAUAUCAUAUCGCGUUCGUUGACAUCCCGUAUUCGUGUGAUGUGUGCAAAUUCUAUAGUAUUCAUCAGAUGUCGUCGACAUUUUUAAAAAACAACGGAAUUAACUAGUCAAAAAAUCCAAGUACAAAAAUAUCACAUUAACUGAUUAAAAUCAUCAUUAUAGAAGAAGAAGAAAAAAGUACCAUAAAGAAAACAUUUUAUUGUUUGGCAGUCAUAUUUUGAGUAAUAAGAUGGCUUCUUCAAAUUAUAAAUCCAGUUCAAAAAACUCUAUAUAUAAUACUUUUUUAAAUUUAUCAAGGUCAAGAAAUUCCUCUAACAUCAAACUAGUUAAAGAAAAACUAAGACAAAUGAAGAAAAUAAGGAACAAAAUAAAAAAGAUAAAAAAGUACUCUCCAAAAAAUUUAAAAUGGUAUAAUGUAACUGUAAAAUAUUCAGAUAGCCUCAAUAAAACUUUAAAAAAACCAAGGUCUAGCAUUCCAAUAGAAUGUAACAUUGAAUGCCCAAAAACUUCAUGUUGUAUUCGUAUUACUAACUUGAGCAGAAGAGUAACUACUAAUAACCUUCAUGAAAUAUUUUCCGAAUUUGGAGAAAUAAAAAAAUUAGAUCUACAUUUCAACAACUAUGAUAGAAUUUCUAAAGGAUUUUCUUACAUAAUGUUUUCUGAUCCAGAAGAAUCUGAAAAUGCCGUUGAAUCAAUGAAUAGAUGUGAAAUUGAUGGAUAUGAAAUAAUAUGUGAACUAUGGUUUCUGCCAUUCAUAGAAUGCCAUGUAAGUUCUAUACUCCGUGGUGCUUGCAGCGGAGUUAGAUACAGAAGAAGUUCAUCAAGACGUGUGUUGCCAAUUUAUAUUAAACAUCAUUCUCCCCAAGUAAAUAGAUUGAGAUCUUAUUCUAGAUCUCCUCCUAAUUCUCUAAAGUCUUAUAAUUAUUUAUCUUCAAAUCGAGUUUGCUCAGGAUCAUCGAAUAGAUCAUAUUCUAGAUCUCCAAGGAAAUCCAGAUUAAGAUCUCGUUCUAAUUCUAAAAGUAUACAAGGUUCUAUAUGUUCAAAGCGUUCUGGCUCUAGAUCUUAAAAAUAUCUUGUUCAAGAAGAUAUCUUAAGAAACUUUAUUAACUUCAUUAAAAAUAAAUACAUUCUUAUCUUUAUAAAUGAAUUGAUACAAACAAGUACAAACUAUUACAAUUAUCGUUAUUAUUAUUUUUAUUUUGAAUACAUUUAAGAAUUUAUUUUGUAUACUUUAGUUUAAAAUCAAGAUAAUGCAUUUUUUGUUAACGAUAAACCAUCAUUAACAUGACAAAAGAGUAAAAAUAUUUAUUUAAAAAUGUAAAUUAAUUUUUUUUCA